AUGGCCGAUACUGGUUUGACAAGCCGGCAAGCCCGCGCGACCUACCACCCGAAGGGCUACGGCGUCUCGGAGGGCCUCAAGCGCGCUCGCCAACCGUUCCGAACCCGCAACAUGAUCACCGGCGGCCUCAUUUCCGCCUUCGCCUUCUCCGUCUACAUGUACUCGAUCCGCGCAGUCGCCCAGGACGACUUUGCCGACCUCGCCGAACCUGUCUCGGAGGAUACCCGUCGGAACUUGCGGUCGAUCGAGGAGGAGAAGCGGUACAACGAGGCGCUCGUCGCGGACCGGCUCGCACCACAGCCUGCGAGUACUGCUGCGGCGCCUCAGGCCACGACUGUCGCGGCGCCCGUACCAGGACAGCCGUCGGUAUUGCAGAUGGUCCAGGGAGCCUUUGGAGGACGCGGUGCGGAGAGCAAGAUUGUAUGGGGUGCGCCGUCGGUCGACAGGCUCGGGCGAAUGGGCGCGGAGGUAUCGCAGGAGCAGUACUCACGCCGGCUGGUGUAG